AUGUUGCUCAGCAAACUUGUGAAGCGAUUUAGCGGCGAGAACGCGGAUGACGAGAAGAAGAAGAAGAAGAAGAUCAAAGGGACUGUGGUGUUGAUGAAGAAGAAUGUGUUGGAUUUCAAUGACUUUCAGGCUUCAAUCAUGGAUAGAGUGCAUGAGUUGUUGGGCAAUGGAGUUACUUUGCAGCUCAUUAGUGCUGUUAAUGGUGACCCUGAAAAUGGGAUGAGGGGAAGAGUUGGGAAGCCAGCGUAUUUGGAAGAUUGGAUCACAACAAUUAGUCCCUUAACAGCAGGGGACUCUGCAUACGAAGUCUACUUCGAUUGGGACGAGAAGAUCGGAGUCCCUGGAGCUUUCAUAAUAAGAAAUGAACACCACAGUGAGUUUUACAUGAAGACUCUCACUCUAGAAAAUGUUCCAGGCCAUGGCAGACUGCACUUUGUCUGCAACUCCUGGGUGUACCCGACUGAUAAGUACAGGACCGAUCGCAUUUUCUUCACAAACAAGACUUAUCUUCCAAGUGAAACACCUGCAACGUUGCGCAAGUACAGAGAAGAAGAGCUAGUGAACUUGAGAGGAGAUGGAAAAGGAGAGCUUAAGGAAUGGGAUAGAGUUUAUGAUUAUGCUUACUAUAAUGACUUAGGAAAUCCGGAUAAAGGUGAAAAGUAUGUUCGUCCAGUUCUUGGAGGCUCAGCUAAGUACCCUUAUCCGCGGAGGGGAAGAACCGGACGACCACCAACAAAGACAGAUCCCAAGGUUGAGACCCGGCUGCAGCUUCUUCUGAGCUUAAACAUUUAUGCUCCAAGAGAUGAACGAUUUGGUCACUUAAAGCUUUCAGACUUUCUUGCUUAUGCACUGAAAUCCAUUGGUCAAUUCCUUAAGCCCGAGUUAGAAGAUGUGUUUAAUAGUACUCCAAAUGAGUUUGACAGCUUUGAGGAUGUCCUUAAACUCUAUGAAGGAGGAGUUGAAGUGCCAGAAGGUUUACUUAAGAGUAUUAGAGACAGUACCCCUGCAGAGAUAAUCAAGGAGAUUUUCCGAACUGACGGUGAACGGCUUCUCAAAUUCCCAGUUCCUCAAGUUAUUAAAGAGGACAAGACCGCAUGGAGUACUGAUGAGGAAUUUGCGAGAGAAAUGCUGGCUGGAAUAAACCCCGUCAUGAUCCGUUGUCUCCAACAAUUUCCUCCAACAAGCAAGCUAGAUCCCAAAGUUUAUGGAGAUCAUACUAGUACAAUCACCAAAGAACACAUAGAGCAUAACUUAAAUGGGCUAAGUGUAGACGAGGCAAUAAAGAACAGCAAGUUGUUCAUCUUAGACCACCAUGACACUCUAAUGCCAUUCCUGAGGCGCAUAAACUCGACCUCCACCAAGAUAUAUGCCAGCAGAACAAUCCUUUCCUUGCAAGAAGAUGGAACUCUCAAGCCAUUAGCAAUUGAACUGAGCUUGCCUCAUCCUCGGGGAGAUGUAUUCGGUUGCACAAGCAAAGUCUACACUCCGGCAAACAAAGGCGUUGAAGGCACCCUUUGGCAACUAGCGAAAGCUUACGUCGCUGUCAACGACUCUGGCUACCAUCAGCUUAUCAGCCACUGGUUGCAUACUCAUGCAGCUAUUGAGCCAUUUGUGAUAGCAACAAAUAGGCAGAUGAGCGUGAUUCACCCAAUUCACAAGCUGCUGCACACUCAUUUCCGCGACACCAUGAAUCUGAAUGCAGUUGCUAGACAGAUUCUGAUUAAUGCUGGAGGAGCACUUGAGUGGACUGUUUUUCCCGGAAAGUAUUCCAUGGAAAUGACUUCUGCAAGUUACAAGGAAUGGUCUUUUCCUGAUCAAGCCAUUCCUGUUGAUCUAAUCAAGAGAGGAAUGGCUGUUAAGGAUGAAAACUCUCCACAUGGUCUACGUUUACUCAUAGAGGAUUAUCCAUAUGCUGUUGAUGGUCUUGAGAUAUGGUCAGCCAUCAAAACAUGGGUCAAGGACUAUUGCUCACUCUACUACAAAACCAAUGAGACGGUUCAAAAUGACAAUGAGCUCCAAUCAUGGUGGAAGGAGCUACGAGAAGUGGGGCAUGGGGACAAGAAAGAUGAGCCAUGGUGGUCCAAAUUGCAAACACUUGAAGAGUUGAUAGAAACAUGCACAACCAUCAUAUGGAUUGCCUCUGCCCUUCAUGCAGCCAUCAACUUUGGGCAGUACCCUUAUGGAGGGUACCCCCCGAACCGCCCUUCAAUGAGCCGUCGUUUCAUUCCUGAAGAAGGCACUCCCGAGUACGAGGAGCUCAAAACGGACCCCGAAAAGGCCUUCCUGAAGACAAUCACCGGGCAGCUCCUUUCAGUCCUCGGCAUUGCCCUUGUUGAGAUUUUGUCAAGGCAUUCUUCUGAUGAGGUGUAUCUUGGCCAGAGAGACACUCCAGAAUGGACAACAGAUGGCGAAGUACUUGAAGCCUUUGAGAGGUUUGGAAAGAAGCUUAGGGAAAUUGAGGAAAAGAUUGUGAGAAUGAACAAAGAUGAGAAGUUAAAGAACAGAGUUGGACCAGCUAAGAUGCCAUACACUUUGCUGUAUCCUUCUAGUGAAGGAGGGCUCACUGGCAAGGGAAUUCCGAACAGCGUCUCAAUCUGAAAAGAUUUCUAGAGUUAGACUCUGAGAAAAUUAUUUCUGAUGCUGUGAAGUCUCUAAAUUCUUUGAACCAACUAGUAGUUAUCCAUUUGUAGUGGAAUAUUAUUUAUUAUAUGUAUGAGAGGUAUAGUAGUGGUAAUUGUUAAGUUCCAAGUUUCAUCAAGUGUUAUGAAUAAAAAAUUAGUGUUAUGUUACCAGAUUUUGUAAUAAAUUGAAGGAAAAGAGUAUAAAACCAAAAACGAGUUGUUUACAAGGUUUGUUCUCGGUGAAAAAAAAAGAAAAAAAAAAAAAAAUCUUGGAAUAUUUUACUUGACUCCAUAGCGCCCAAGUGACUCUUCCAAGUUUAUUUUAAAGAUCUUUGUUCUUGACCA